UUUCCAUUUUGAAAUAUUGAACCACUUAAUACAAACUAUAUGCAUAUGGAAACAAACGGAAAAACAAUUAGAUGCAUCCAUAUGUCAGGAGGCCUCUUGUUUUUAGCCAUUCUUUGUAGCUGAAGUCUACUACUCCGAUCCUCAGUUCUGCUGAUUUUCUUAACACAAUAGUGCAAAAAUUGGUAGCCAAAUUAUGAUGGAUUCUUCAAAGUCUUCUUGGUCUUACGACGUGUUUCUAAGUUUUAGAGGUGAGGAUACUCGGAAAUCGUUUAUGGGUCAUUUGUAUGAAGCUUUGGUGAGGGCUGGAAUCAAUGUCUUUAGAGACACCGAGGAGCUGAAGAGGGGGAUGCAAAUUUCUCAAGAACUUUGUGAAGCAAUCAACGGAUCAAGGUUUUUUGUUGUAGCUUUUUCCAAAAAUUAUGCAUCUUCUAGUUGGUGUUUAGAUGAGGUUGUUCAAAUUAUGAGUUGUAUGGAAGGUGGCAAAGGGCAAAUGGUUUGGCCACUGUUUUAUCAUAUUGAUCCUUCUGAAGUUAGGAAACAAACAGGCGUAUUUGGAGAAGCAUAUAUUGUACAUAAAGAAAGAUUCAAGGAAGACUUGAAAAAGGUAGAGAGAUGGAGAGAAGCUCUAACUAAAGCUGCCAACUUAUCAAGCUGGCAUUUGUAUGACAGUUCGUGUGAUGAGGCUACUCUUGUCAAAGAAAUUGUUCAUGAGAUAUCGACUAAGCUUAACAAGACGCUCUUAACAAUUGCCAAGAAUCCAGUUGGGAUUAGUUCUCAUAUUGAGAAGCUAAACUCCGCAUUAGAUUUAGAGACCAAUGAUGUUCGAAUGAUUGGAAUUUAUGGCCUUGGUGGAAUAGGCAAGACAACUGUUGCAAAAGCUGUUUAUAAUUGUAUUGCAUAUCGGUUUGAAGGCUGUAGUUUUCUUCCUAAUAUAAAAGAAAAAUGCAACUUCUCGAGGGAUGAUGAGCUAACUAAAUUGCAAGAAUCUCUUCUUCAAGACAUCUUGUUGAUUAAAAUGCAUAGGUCUAUAAGUUUUUCCGACGAAGGAAGUAAUGUGUUGAGGCAUAGACUAAGAAACAAAAAGGUACUUAUUGUUCUCGAUGAUGUGGAUCUUCAGAUCAGCAAAAAACUAGUAGGACAUUUGAGUUGGUUUGGUUCGGGAAGUAGGAUCAUCAUAACAACAAGAGAUUUUCAUCUUCUAAAUAAACUCAACAUUAAGUGGACCUACAAGGUUGAUAAGUUAAAUCAUAGAGAAGCGCUUGAGCUAUUUUGUUGGAAUGCAUUUAACAAUCCUGUUCCUGAUGUGAGUUUUGAAGAGCUUUCAAAUGUUGCAGUAGAACAGGCAAAUGGACUUCCUCUAGCCCUUGUUGUGGUGGGAGGUUCUCUUUGUAAUUGUAGUAAACUUGAGUGGGAAAGCCAAUUGAAGAAGUUGAAAAAGAUUCCAAAUCAAGAUGUUCAUAAUAAACUUAAACUAAGUUUUGAUAGACUUGGUGAUCUUCAGAAGACAAUUUUUCUAGAUAUUGCAUGUUUCUUUAGAGGGUAUCCAACAGAAGAUGUGUACUCUUUUAUAGAUGCUUGUGAUUUCUACACCCGUUCUGAAAUUGAAGUGCUUAUUAAGAAAUGUCUUAUAUAUAUUGAAUACAAUAGAUUCCAAAUGCAUGACUUGAUUCAACUAAUGGGCAAAGAGAUCGUUCGUCAAGAAUCUCCUUCAGAUCUGGGAAGACGUAGUAGAUUGUGGUAUCACCAAGAUGUUCAAGUUCUACAAGAAGAUGAGGCAACAGAAAAUGUUGAGGGGAUAGUUUUAGAAUUGCCCAAAGCAGAAGAAGUAGUGUGGUUGGAUGCUAAGUCAUUUUCAAAAAUGACAAAAUUGAGGUUGCUUAUAAUACGGAAUAAUGUUAAUGUUAUUGGGACUCCUCGAUGCUUUUCUAACUACUUAAGAUGGUUUGAAUGUCAUCGUUCUUCAUCCUCUCUGGUACUAUAUACUUUUAAUCCAAAAAACCUUGUUGUAUUGGUCAUCUCACGUUAUCCUAUAAUGCACCUCGUAGCUAACCUCAAGGUAAUGUGAUUGUUACUUUGAU